AUGGAGACUAACUUUUUAGAUGAAGUACGCCAAACCGCAAUGGAGGUUAUAAUAGACACAGUUUUUCGCGGAAGACGCUCCAAUGGACAGACCGAGCAAGAAGCCACAGACAACGUUAUAAUUCACCUAUCAGUGUUGGGCCAAGACAUCUUUCCGAUGGGCAUUGAUAUCCUGCGACAGCGGGGAUUGAUCGCUGAAAACAUGAAUGUCUACUUUGUAGGUUACGGAUUGAUUCUUAUCGGCCCUGCAGAUUCCGGACACGGACUUACUAUUAUGCCAUUCGAGCAUGAAAUGGAGCGGCUUCCGUCUGGGUCUCGGUGGGUGGAUUCUGACCUUGACAUAGAUUCCAAUGAUCGAUACCUUGUUAGUUCUGACGACGAGACAGACCAGCAUGACGGUGAGUGA